GCUCAUGAACACAGUCAUGGUGGAGUUACAAAGCCAGCUACCUUUUGACCCUUCCCUCAAACCAAGAACUUGUCCUGACGUCAACUGAAAUAAUUGCUCUUUCCACACUGUUCUUCCAUCUACCUUCUUCUUCUUCUUCUCCUCCUCCUUCUCUUCCCCUGUCUUCUGGAAUUACUACUGCCCAACUUUUCCUCCCCUUUCCCAAACCCUUCUCCCUCCUCUCAGACUGCAAGUCACUCUCCAAGGUCAACAAUGCUGCCCUCCAAACCCAAAUCCGCCAUAUUUGAAGCUUCCAACAAUAAGAACACACAAGGAGCACUUAAGGUUAGCAGAACAAGCAGAACUGGAUCUACCAAGCCGGACGCUGGAUCCACUUCUCCCAUGGCGAAGCAACCUUCUCCCAUGUCAAAACCGCGUGUCUCUGUUGAUCGGUCUCCGAGAUCAGCUGAAUCGAAGACUGCAAACAAGAACAGCACUACUCCUGACAAACUUCCGCGGGCAGCCAAGGCGUUGGAGAUGCAGGAGAAGUUGCAUGCGGUGGAGAAGGACCUGAAGAAAGCAAGGGACCAGUUGGCUUCUGUCGAGCUAGAAAAGAUCAAAGCUGUCGAGGAACUGAAUGAGGCGAAGCAGCAACUCCAGCAAGCUACUGAGGCGCAGAGGAGGGCUGAGGAGAGCUUGGGGAUGGAGAAGCUCCGGGCCAGCGAGCUGGAGAAGUCAGGCAAACAUGCUUCCUUGAAGAGGGAGGAGGAACUUCAGAGGGAAAUCGAAGGACUUCGGAGCCGACAAACUCUUGAUGCUUCUGCAAUGAGUUCCAUGGCGCAAGAACUCGAGAGGAUCAAAGCAGAGCUUGUUGAUGCCACCAAUGCGAGAGAGCUCGCAUUGACCCAAGCUGAUGACGCAAAGAGAACCGCUGAGCUCUUGUCCGUGGAAGUCGGCCGAUUAAAGGCUUCACACGACUCCAAGCUGGAUGACGCAAGCAAGGAAGCGACAGAGAUGAUCCAAAAGAUGGAUGCCGAGGUAAGUGCUAUGCAACUCGAACUCGGAAGAGCAAAGGCAGCUGAAGAGAAGCUGGCUCAGAUGGAAGCACUGGUCGAGAAGCUUCAGAUCGAGGUGGCUGAUGCUAGGAAGGGCAAGUCAGAUGCAUCCGAGCUGGUCGACGAGUGGAGGAAGAAGACAGAGAUGCUGAAGGCUGAUCUGGAAGAAGCAUACCAGUCAGAGAAAUCUGCGUCAGAUUCCCUGGCGGCCAUGAUGGUACAACUGGAAGAGAGCAAGUCUCUCUUCGAGGACGCCGAAUCCGAGAUAUCGACUCUCCGAGGGAAGAUAAAGUCACUGGGGAUCGAGGUGGCGAAGCAGAAGACCGACCUCGAGGAAUCAGAUCGGCAGCUCGAUUCAGCGCAACAAGACGCAGUCAACAUUGGGAAGACGGUGGAGCUACUGAAAUUGGAGCUUCAGACUCUGGAGGAGGAGAAGCUGCAGGCAGUAAACAGGGAAAAGGUUGCUGCUGCGAAAUCUGAGAGCCUGACGGAGGAGAACGACAAACUCAUCAAUGAGCUCAAGAUAAGCAAAGACGAAGGGGAAAAGGCCAGCAAGGCAAUGGAAGGAUUAGCUUCGGCACUGCAAGCCCUCUCCAGAGAAGCCCGAGAUAAGGAAGAAAGGCUUCUGAGAACAGAGGCCGAGGUUGAAGAAGCUCAAGCGGAGAUAGAGCAACUCAACAUAGCUCUCAGAAACACCGAAGAGAGGUACGAGGUGAUGCUCGACGAGGCGCGAUACGAUAUCGUUUGCCUCAAAAAAAUAGUCGAAAGAUUCGAAGCCGAAGCGAGCAAAUCAAGCAGUGAGUGGGCUGCAAAGGAGCUGAACUUUGCCAACACCAUCAAAGAGUUGGAAGAAGAAAUUGCUGCCAUGAAGGUUGAGAUGGCAAGAAUGGUGGAGUUGCAGAAAGCCGCUGAGCAGGCAACACAGGAAGCCAAGGCAGACGCAGCUGAGACGAUGACUAAGCUAAGACAAACGGAGACCGGCGCGAUGUGCGCUUACGGAGCAGCAGAGGAGUCAAAGCACGAGAGUUUGCGUUUGAGGGAAGCAUUGUUGGACAAGGAAACGGAGCUGCAGAGCAUCGCGCAAGAGAACGACGACCUCCGCGGGCAGGAAGCAGCGGCACUGCAGAAGGCCUCUGUCUUGCUCACACAGGCCACGGCCAAGAAGGUGGAAGGCCAGCAUCUGAAAGGCAACGAGGAGGACGAUGUGGCAUCGGAGAGGGAUCACGAGGAGGAAUCGAUCGACGACGACGACGAUGAUGAUGAAGACAUGGGAUCGAAUACGGAUGGCAGCAGCAUCAAUCUGACGGAUGGAACCAAUGGGAGCACCGAUGAUGGGACUGCUUCCUCGCCCGCCAAGCAGCAGCAGCAGCAGCAACAGAGGAAGAAGGCAUUGCUGCACAAGUUUGGGAACCUUCUGAAGAACAAGAACUUUUAGUCGGCUUUCUACGUUGUUUGGUGUUAUUAUUCUUUAUGGGAUGUGCAUUUGGAAGAGUGGAUGUGGUGUUACAGCUUUUGAUGCUUGUAUUUGUCCUAUUAAAGCCUUGUCUUGGAUUCUACCAAAGCAGCGUAUUUAGCACUCUCCUGUUGGCGACUCCGGCCCGAACCGGCUGUCUCAACCGAGAAACUGGAAA